UUAAUAUCCAACUAUUAAACUCCAAGCAUUUUUAAAAAUUCAAAAACUUUUCCUAUUUGCACAGCCAGAAAUAAAAUUUGAAAAAUAAUCGAAUUCGUAGGACAUCAGAACAAAAAAUAUUGGGCAUCAAACUCAAAGCCAAGGUACAAAAAAUUAGCUGCUGUUAACAUUCAUUCUAUCGGCAAUAGUCUAUGAGUUUGUGAGUCAUUUUACCCCAAUUAUACUCUCCCUUGUCUAUUUAACGUUUUGAUCUUCUGUAUUUUAAAACCACAUGCGCCUCCAAAUAGAAAACCAUCAGGAAAUCUAUUAAUUUCUACGCAGAAAAAAAGGAUUUUUGGCAAGAAAUUUUUUCUCGAAUGUAGAAUUCAAUGGAAUCAAAAUUCAAAACAAUAAAAAUCUGAUUGAAGCGGAGUCAAAGAUGAUAAUCGAAAUAAAUCACUUGUCAAUUAUAAAAGUAUACAAUUACUCAGUUAACGAUACCGGUUUACUUGCGCGAAUGAACCAGCACCUGGAGCAUUUAACCACCAGCCUCACGUAGAGCUUCCUAAGCGACAACUGGACUGUUGUAAAGAGACAACCAAUCUCAUAUAGUAUCUAAGCAGAAGUAUGUUGGCUAAGACUGCGAUGCUUGUUGAUGCCGUGCUGGAUCCAAACCACGACGACGCGACCACCAAGAGAAGGGAUCAUUGCUGCUGUUUUAAAUCACUCUCCCACACUCUGCCAGGCAUUUUAGUACAUCAGCAUUCAGAUAACAAUCGAACAUGAUAUUUUUUAGCACGCACAGCGGGAUCAUGUGACAAUGCAGGAAUAAUUUUCUAGUGUCAAGGUUGCGGUGUGUAUUUAAUAGACACAUCGUUUACACAUGUCCCAGGUGGAUCGUUUACGGUUAUUUUAUCCGUUUGUCAAUUGCGAGCAGUUAUAAUAAAACGUAAAACAAAUAUUAUUAAUUUUAAUUGUGUAAUAUAUGGAGUUGCUCCAGAUCGAACGUCACGGUCAUGAUGGAUAUCGGAUGACGGGUUAUUACUUUAAUUUCCGAUAAACUUCUGUGGAAAAUAUCAAAUAAAUAAAAUAUAAAUAUGUUAUUUCAUUCUGUCAUUAUUGGGGUGGAAUUUUAAUUUGAAUUGUAAAGAGGAUUGGGGAAGUGAAUAAUAGGGGGUUGGAAUGCCGUCAAUGAAGCAUUGUAGUAAGGGUUAAAUCCUGUUCUGGUCUACUGUGGAAUGCCUACUAAGCCAGUUGGUAAACGAGAGUCGUAUUUGCAACUUUGGCGAGAGUUUGUUGGCCAUCAUAACGCUUAUAAUAACGCCGCUCAAAGGCGCGUUGUUUUUAUUUCGCCGGCUGCUAUGAACAUUGCGACGGUUGUUCCAGUUCCUGAUACUCCGAUUGAUGAUUCAGUGAGUGAGCAGGAUGCGAAUUCUUAUAAAGGACGCGCAAAAGAUUUCUUAGGAUUAGAAGAAGUUUCGAAAAUCGAGUUCUUAGUUCCACUAUUCAGUGAAGCACUCGGUACAUUUUUAUUGGUUUUAAUUGGAUGUGCAUCAUGCCUCACAUGGGAGGAAACAAAACCACCGACAGUAAUUCACAUCGCAUUUACAUUUGGUCUCGCAGUUGCUGCACUAGCUCAGGUCUUGGGACCAGUGUCUGGAUGUCAUGUGAACCCUGCGGUGACGGCGGGUCUUGUCGUUAGUGGUAAAUGUUCAUUGUUGAGAGCGAUUUGUUAUAUUGUUUGUCAAUGUUGUGGUGCUAUUGCUGGUGCUGCUGUUUUGAAAGUCGUCAUACCGCCGGCGAUUACCUCCCACGGAAUAGGAGCGACGUCAUUGGGCGAUGGUAUAGAUAGUGGUCAGGGAAUUCUAAUGGAAGCAAUAGUAACUUUUCUUUUGGUCCUCGUUGUCCACGCAACCACUGAUCCAAAACGUCGCGAUACCGUCGGCUGGGCCCCUUUGGCCAUCGGGCUGACAAUAACUGUCGCUCAUAUGGCCGCGGUUCCUGUCACGGGCAGCAGCAUGAAUCCCGCGAGGUCUUUUGGGCCUGCGGUGAUUCUGGGAUCUUGGACUCAUCAGUGGAUUUAUUGGGUCGGUCCGGUCGUUGGCGGGAUUGUUGCCGGUGGGCUUUACAAAUUAGGACUUAGAGCCAAGUCCAAGGAUGACGAUGAAGCUUCUUAUGAUUUUUAAAUUACUUUACGGCUGAUGAUUAGGGCAUUGAUUUUUUUUUUGUUAUGCAGCUCUUAUUUUUUUUUUUACAUAAAAAAUAUUUGCGGUUUAUUUAAAUUUUUUCAACAUCUUAAGAUUAAAAAAAAAUUAUGGUCCAAUAAUUAGUCGAGUUUUUUCUUCAAUUUUAUUAAAAUUUUUUCCUUAAUUUUAAAUUUUAAAAAUAGAAUUGAAAAAAUUUGUUUUUUUAUCUGCAUUAACUCGGCAAAUUUUUUACAUAAAAAAAUAAUAACUGCAUAAUUUACUUCUAAUUAGUAUUGCCAUAUUUUUCAAUUAAAUUUAAAAAAAAACU